GCCACCAUCAAUCAGGCUCUGGAAGGAAACGACAUCCUCGCUCAGGCCAAGACCGGUACCGGCAAGACUCUGGGUUUCCUGAUCCCCGUCCUGCAGAACAUCCUCAAGACCGAUCCUUCCCUCGGUGAGCCCAGCAGAGGCUACGUUCGCAGAAACAACAAGGCCACCGCCGACGACAUUCGCGCCAUCAUUGUUUCGCCCACCCGUGAAUUGGCCGAGCAGAUCGCCGUAGAGGCAAGGCGUCUUGUUGCAAACACAUCGGUUGUUGUACAGACGGCAGUAGGAGGAACACAAAAGUCGGCCGGUCUGCGCGCCAUCCAGCGCCAGGGCUGCCACAUCCUUGUCGGUACUCCCGGUAGACUGAAGGACAUCUUCAGCGACAAGUACUCUGGAGUAGAGGCUCCUGGCCUCGACGCCCUGGUCUUCGACGAGGCCGACCGUCUGCUCGACCAGGGUUUCUGGCCCGAGAUUCAGGAGAUUAUGGAACUCUUGCCAAAGCCCGAGGAGAAGAGCCGUCAGACACUCAUGUUCAGCGCCACUGUCCCGCAAGAGGUUCAGAGACUGGUCAAGACAACUCUCAGACCUGGUUAUGAAUUUGUCAAGACUGUGCGCGAUGACGAAGAGCCCACCCACGCCCGCGUCCCCCAAUACUUAGUCACUGUCAAUGGCCUGGAGAAUACCGUCCCUGCCAUUGUCGAGCUGUGCAAGAACGCAGUUGCCGACGCCCAACAGCCUGAUGGUCGCCCCUUCAAGGCCAUUGUCUACUUCAACUCGACCGCCGAAGUCACUUUGGCUUCUGCUGCUCUUACUGAGCUGCCAGUCGAUGAGGAUUCCAUGCCCCCCCAAGAGCCUACCGGUCGUAGCCGUUACCGCGAUGUUCGUGGUGCCCUCUACCCUGCUCGCAUUUUCGAGAUCCACUCGCGUUUGAGCCAGGCCCAGCGUACUCGUGCUUCCGACAACUUCCGCAAGUGCUCUUCUGGUAUUCUCGUUUCCUCGGACGUUACCGCCCGUGGUAUGGACUUCCCCAAUGUAACACACGUUAUUCAGGUCGGUAUACCUCGCGACCGUGAAACCUACAUUCACCGUAUCGGCCGUACCGCCCGUGCCGGCAGAGAGGGUCAGGGUUGGUUGAUCUCUCCUAUUCUCGAGGCCCAGGAGCUUCCCCGCAAGCUCAGAGACCUUCCCCUUCAGAAGGAUAAUACCAUCACUACUGCCACCGUUGACAUGACCCGCGAGGCUGAUGUCCCCAAGUCAGCCGCUACUAUUCUGAGCCAGGUCGCCGAGUCAUACAAGCGCAUUCCUAUGCAACUCAAGGCCGAUGCUUACAGAGGCUACAUCGGUACUUACGGCUUUGUCCGCAAGAGCGCCCUUGUCAAGGCCAUCAACAACCUCUCCCGCUACGCCUGGGGCAUGUCAACUCCCCCAGAGAUCUCAUCAGCCCUCGCCAGUCGUGUUGGCCUGACUAGAAUUCCCGGCCUGAACAUUGACGGAAGAAUC